GAGUGUGUUGUUUGAACAGGUAUAAAGCCAAGGUUUGCGAUUUACUGCUACCUGCAGUUAUAGAAUGUUUGCUUAGGAGUAUAAAUCAUUGGCUGAUCUCUCCUGAUGACCUGGAUGGAAUUAUGUGAUCCUUAACCCUUAGGAAGUCUCACUACUUCAAAAUGUGACAGUCUUCAAUGGCACAACCAUGCUAAAACAGGAUUUUGGGCACUAGAGUCUUCUAUACAUCUCAAUGUCCAAAACACACUUUUAUUUGUAUCUUCUAGUUGGUGGUGCAGCAAAACAAAGAUCAUGGAUAUACUAACAAGAUACAUGUCUCUCUGCCCUAACAAUGGGAGUCGUCCACAAAGCGACACGCCGGGCUGUCUAGCUCUCGCCUUUCCUUUCUUUGGAUUAGUGGAUACAUCUCAUUUUUAUAAUCAAUUUUUGAAUAUUCGAUGAGAGUAGCUGACGUCAACGGCCGUAUUCAAUGGAGAGCGACGCUAUGCUACUAGCCUCAUUCCACGAAUACGCAUAGCCAUCUCGAGACAAAACAAAUAUGAAGUGUUUUUUCUCAAAGUUGGCGGGAUGUCACGUGUCCUACCUAUAUCAGUAUGCUCAUAUCAACUUCAACAUUAAAAAACUUAUGUUAGAUCAAAUCUCUCUUCCUCUUUCUCUCUGGUUCUAUUUUAAACCCAAACAGGUUAUAUCUAGAACACAAAAAGGCUUAUUCAAAGAGUUCUCCUAUGGGGACAGCCAAAGAACCCUUUAGGUUCUAAAUAGCACAUAAAAUUGUGUAGCAUCACAUUUCACUUUUUAUUGUAGAUAUUAUCAGAUGUCAUCACACACAAGACAUUUAGCCAGCCUGGCUGUUAAUUUAAUGAAGAAGUGCAACUUUAAAGAGGCUCUUCCCCCUGAGUCACAACCUAUUAAUAGGGUCAGUUCAAAAUUACACAUUUCCUUUAAUUUGCUAAGCCGAGUCCUUGUGAAGAGAUAUGGAGACUGUGUUUGGACUGUUGGUGAUCUUAGCAGGAGUGUCUCAGGGCAUGGAGAGCCCCUGUGAUGCUAGAGAGGAUGGAGCUCAGUGUUAUGGAGCUCUGGGAGGAACUGUCUAUCUCCGGCUGAUCACCAACGCCAGUGGACAUCAGGUUAGAUUUUGGAAGGACCCAACUGGUGCUAAAACAGAGAUACUCACAAUGAGAAGAAACAUGUCGACAACAAAAGGGCCUAUUAAUGGCAGGUCAGAGUUCAUUAUAAACAAGGGGAUAUUCAGGAUAGAUAACACAGCAAGGAAUGAUUCUGACAAAUACUGUGCUGAAACAUUUAAUGCAAAUGGAUCAUUAUCGGGCUCCAGAAGACUGCAACUGUUCAUUGAAGCCCCUGUGACACAGGCUAAGCUGUCCUCUAAGUGUCUGUCUCAUGGAGAGAUGAGGGUAUCCUGCUCCUCUGAGGGGGACAGUCCCCAGUACAGCUGGACUUUGGAUGGACACCCACUGAACAACAAUGACAACUCUUUUGGUGAGAAGACAAACUCCAUCACACUGCAGAAAGGCCUGUCUGGGGAUCUCAACUGCACCAUCAGAAACAAUAUCAGCAGUGUUACUGUCAGCAGGGUAAUCUUACCUUGUCCAGAUAUCAUAGGGAUGGUAGCAGCAUCUCUGGCAGGCGUAGUCCUUGUCCUAGUGAUGAUGUUGGCAGUUUACUGUGUCCAGAAGAAAAAUAAACCUCCAAAGACUUCAGCUACGGAUGACAGCCAGGAUGUGGAAUACGCUGAUGUCAGGAUACAAAAGAAGCAGAUGAGACAGAAGGAGAGGGAGGCGCUGGUGGAGCUGAAGGACAGACAGGUGAAAGUGGCGGGGGGCCCCCAGCAGACGAUGGAGGUGGAGUAUGGACAGAUUAAAACAUUAGAGGGUCCCCGGCGGAAGGUAGACACACCUGAGGAGGAGGACUGUGUGUACGCCAGGGUACAGAGAGGCCAGUGAGCAAGGUACUGUCUAGAUAGAAUAGAAGAGGCUGAGACUUUAAUCACUCGUUGCCUCCCAAUAAUCUCUCCUUUCUCCUAAAGUGUUGACUUGUUCACUUCCCUUCACGUAUCUCAAAGGAAAUGAAUGUUAUAUGGCAACUCCUCGUUGCCCAUGUUUAUACCAAUCCAAUUAUUUUAAAUUUGUGGGGAGUAGUGAAGGAGUGCACACAUCUGGAAGAAGGAGAAAUUAUUGGGACGCAAACCUGAGGCCCAGAGUUGAUUGAUACAGACGACAGCUAUGUCUAAUUAUGUUGUCUUACAGUUACAGUAACAGCUUUGUUUUGCAUGUUCACACUUUAGAACACAUAUUGUCUGUUUCCAAGAAGUGGAUACAUCACUUCAGUUUUUCUUUAUCACGUUUUAACACAAAAACAAACACAAAAAAAAGAAACGGCCCUUUUUCAAAGAUAUUUCGUGAACGUGCCUUAGGCAUGCUGCAAGGAGGCAUCAGGACUGCAGAUGUG